AUGCAGUCUUCUCCGGUCCAUGAGAUGAACCCACAAAAUGGCAACGGCUGGCCACCGGCGCCAGGAGGUGGGGCGCUUUCAGCAAACAAUGAACAUGCAAUAGGGCAGCAAAGACAGACUGCGACCUUUGGACCAAGUCAACCUCAGACCAUGCAUCAAGCUCCUGCACCACAGAUGAAUGGGUCAUCUCUCUUACAACAGUCUGGGCCAUUCUAUUCGGGUCAGUCAAACGGUCACAGUCUUCCAAACCCUCAAGGCAUUCCUCCAGCGGUGAUCAUACAGUCUGCUCGUGGACCACCUGCUCCACAGCAGCAGCAAUCACCUCCAGGCAUACAACACCACUCAGUUCAAGUUCCCGGUUAUGCAUUGCCCACGCUGGGUCCCUCACUGCAACAGCAACAGUCUCCUCAAGCGGCUAUGGCUAUGGAAAGAGACAUCGAGAGGGAACGGCACACGGAGCAACAGAUACAGCAAGAGAUAGCACAGCGACGAUACGACCAGGAAACUGAGAUGUUACACCAGCAACAACGUGAGCAGCAACAGCGCGAGCAAUUACAACGUGAACAGCUGCAACAACGGGAGCAACAACAGCGUGAACAACAUCAAUCGCCUCGCGAGAAUCAUACUGGCGCCAUCCCUAUCCAACAGCCUGUGGCUUCAAGGGUCCCAGCAACUUUGCACGGGCCAAAUGGCAUAUUGAACGACCAACACCCUGGCGUAGGUGCAGCAACAUCUCAGCCUCUAGCUGCGUUAGGAGCUCCAAGUGGACCAGGUAACGUGUUUGGCAACGGAGUGCAAGCACAGAACGACAACUCUUUAAGACCCUUCGUUCAGCAAGUGGCGCAGGGUCUUCCUCCUCAGCAGUUGCUGGGCUUCAGUAAUGCUGCGACUCCUCAGCAGCUGCCUACGGGAAUCGGUGCCUUGUCGCAAGGGCAGCAGCCCAUUUUGAACGAUGCAUUGAGCUACCUGGAUCAGGUCAAAGUCCGGUUUGUACAUCAGCCUGACGUGUAUAACCAGUUCCUGGAUAUCAUGAAAGACUUCAAGAGCCAAGCGAUUGAUACACCGGGCGUGAUUGAUCGAGUGUCGUCAUUGUUCGCCGGUCAUCCGGAGCUGAUACAAGGCUUCAACACAUUCUUACCCCCUGGGUAUAGAAUAGAAUGUGGAACGAGAGACGACCCUAACGCGAUUCGAGUGACGACUCCAAUGGGGACCACAGUGUCCCAGAUGCCGUCUGUCCAGAACCGUGUCAACGGGGUACCCAAUGGUGCUUCAAUAAUAGAGAACCCACGACAGACAAUCUAUGCAGAUGGUGCGCAGGCAAACGGCGAAUGGCUGGCUCCACAACAUGAAGAAGAUGGCCUAGGUACAACACUUACUAAUGCGCGUUCUGGAGGACACCCUUUGUUCGCUAGUCAGACCAAUAUGGGCAGCGAAACCGGGGCGACCUAUGUAGGAGAUGACCAAGGAGAGGCCGCACUGAUAGCACAUCAGCAAGAACAACGAGGAGUAUCCCACUUGUCGAACGCGGUGACGGCCGUUGCGACAAAUGGGGCCCAAGGGAGACAUCCGAUGGCCCAGAUCUCUCCCGGCGGAGGUCAAGUGACUAGUCUUGGUCAGGCUGCUGUUGGAUUGAACGUCGCAGCAUUGAAUUCGAGCAGCCAGCUAGGGUUGGAAAAGAGAGGUCCUGUUGAAUUCAAUCACGCUAUUGGAUAUGUCAACAAAAUCAAGAAUCGCUUUGCCACACAACCUGAAAUUUACAAGCAAUUUUUAGAGAUUCUUCAGACAUAUCAAAGGGAGUCCAAGCCGAUCCAGGACGUGUACGCACAAGUAACCCAGUUGUUCAGCUCGGCUCCAGAUCUUCUGGAAGACUUCAAACAAUUCCUUCCGGAGUCAGCAGCGCAAGCAAAAGCGCAAGCAGCUGCGAAGCAAGCCUCCGAAGACGCAGCCAUGCUCAGUAAUGUUCGUGGUGAUUCAGGGUAUGGCGCUGGAGUCCAACAGGCUCAAGUACAGACGCCAAGACCGGACAUCAAGAUGCCGCCGGUUGGCAAUUUCGCACCUCCAUCAGCGACUAAGGAAAACAAAAAGCGACGCGGAGGACCGGGAUCCCAAAUGACUGGCGGAGCCGCCGCUGUUGAUGCCGGAGUGGGGCCCAGUGGGCUGAACAACAGGAACGGUGCGCGAGGAAAUGCAAAUAAGCGCGCCAAGUUCGACCAAGCCAAACCUACAGUACCGGAGAUACCUCCUGCGUCGCCAACGCUUGUCCCGAGCCUUCCCACAGCCAUGCCUCCUUCUAAAGACCUUGGUGAUAUUAUUGACCAAAUCGGCUUCUUUGACCGUGUCAGGAAGUUCAUUGCCGACAAAAAGACGUACAACGAAUUCCUCAAGCUUUGCAACCUUUUUACGCAAGACCUCGUCAACAAGAAUACCCUCGUGCAUAAAGUUCACGGUUUUAUUGGCGGCAAUGCCGAUUUGAUGAACUAUUUCAAGAAUUUCGUUCAGUACGACGGACGCGACGAGAUCAUCGAAAACCGACCCAAGAUUCCGGGCGACAAAGUUGUUCUGAGCAACUGCCGCGGUCUAGGCCCCAGCUAUCGAAUGCUUCCCAAACGAGAACGCUUGCGGGUCUGCAGCGGACGAGAUGAGAUGUGUCAACAAGUACUCAAUGAUGAAUGGGUGUCUCAUCCUACUUGGGCCUCAGAAGAUUCAGGUUUCAUCGCACAUCGCAAGAAUGUAUUCGAAGAAUCUUUGCACCGUAUCGAAGAGGAGCGUCAUGACUAUGACAUCAACAUCGAAGCCUGUUCCAGAACAAUUCAAUUAUUGGAGCCAAUAGCACAGCAGCUGAAUAUGAUGACUCCCGAUGAGAGAUCUACAUUUCGUCUACCUCCUGGUAUUGGUGGGCAAAGCGAGACAAUAUAUCAGCGUGUUAUCAAGAAGAUUUACGACAGAGAACGUGGAUGCAGAGUCAUCCACGACAUGUUUAAGAGACCAGAAGCUGUUGUGCCGGUACUUCUUGGGAGGCUUAAGAUGAAGUGUGAAGAAUGGAAGGCAAGCCAGCGGGAGUGGGAGAAGGUCUGGCGAGAGCAGACAAACAAAUUAUUCUGGAGGAGCCUGGACCACCAGAGUAUCAUUAUGAAGACUGCGGACAAACGUCAAUUCCAGCCCAAAAGUCUUCAAACCGAGAUUCAUGUCAAAUGGGAAGAGCAGCGACGCCAGCGCAUUGCGCCUUGGAACUCCGUGCCAAAUUACCAAUUCAAGUUUGGCUUCGAAGAUCUCGAUGUGGUCCACGAUGCUUGUCAUCUUAUUCUGACCCAGCUUCAAUUCGGUCCUGUCACCAAUGAAACGGAUAAGACGAGGCUUGAGACAUUCAUCAAGACCUUUAUUCCAACAUUCCUGGACAUCGACCGUGAUUCUUUCCAGGCCAGGAUGAGUGACAUCUACGAUGCGACACCAUCGAAUGAAGAGGUCGACGAUGAGACUGGCACGAACGAAGACCCAGGGAUUGCACGGAGUCGAAAAGUCGCCAAUGGAAGAAAGUCAAAUCUCUUGCGGGGAGUUCUCGAGCGUGGUCGACCUGGUCAGAAGGAAGAAAGCGUUCUAGAGAGCAAAGAGACUACACCCGAUGUCUCUAAUGACGAGGAUACCCCAGCAUCAACGGGUACACCGACAGACAGACCUGCUCGCGUGGACGAAAGCGAAUUUCGCUGGUUGAAUGUCCCCUCCACUGGCGAUAAAUCGAAAGACUACAACGUGCCUUACAAACGUGACGACUUCAACCUCUACGCGAAUCUCAACAUAUAUUGCUUCUUCAGAACGUUCGAGACUUUGUAUCAGAGGUUAUUGAACCUCAAGCUCAGUGAGAAGCAAGUGCACACAGAUGUCCAGCGGGCGAAUAUGGCCAAAGCUGCCAACGAUCUGCGAUUGAUUGAAAAGACACCAAGCGAAUUCUUCGCCGAUGUUGGUCCUUCAGCAAGCUACUACCGCCAGACGGUCAGUAUGAUUGAGGAAGUUGUGAAGUCCGAGCUGGAUCUUUCUCAACUUGAAGAGACAUUGCGCCGUUACUAUAUAGAGAGCGGCUGGCAAUUAUACGCCUUCGAUAAGCUGCUAGCUGCACUCCUCAGAUUCGCACUUCUAAUUCUCGUAAGCGACAAUAAGGACAAGAGUCUUGACAUCAUCAAUCUCUUCUACAAGGAUCGCAAGGAGGACGAAACGACUCACAAUACGGAGUUGACCUAUCGAAAGCGAGUCCAGGGGUAUGUAAGAGAGAGUGAUAUAUUUCGCGUCCGCUACAAUCGUGUAUCAAAGCAGGUGAUCAUCUCACUCUUCAAAAGAGAAGAGAAGACGUACCAAACCGAUGAACUCGCCGUCCACCAGCGAUGGUCAUACUACAUAUCCACCUUUUCCAUGCGCGAUCAGACCGAAGGGGUCAAACUCUCGGAUAUACAGCUGCCCUUUCUAAAGCGCAGUCUGCCCCCAAUGCUAGCGGAUGAAGAAGAGUACAAUAAUACGUACGGCGUCCCACAGUGGAACCAGGACGGUCUCGUCAUUACGAUCCAGCCACCAGCGCAUCCUCCAAAUUCUCCUCGUGCGUACAAGUUGCUGUACGAAGAGUACACAUCCGACUGGUGGGUGCACAACAAUACCGUCAGAAAGCGAGGACUAGGAGCGUAUGGAGAGGUGAUCAAGGAGAGGAAGGAGAGAUUCACCGCGAUGUUCGGGGAGAAGGGAACCUUCAUCAAGGGCAAAUCAGGUAUCGAGCUCGACAAAGAGACCGAAGACUUCAAACGCUGGAUCCAGGUUGGACCUGCUGCUGAGCCUCGACCAGAAGGUGGACUGGACGGAGCUGAUGAUGGUGAUGAGGUUAUGGGUGGUACUUGA